UUCACGAAAAGCGACGAGGUGGCGCCUCCGAAGCUGUUCGCGAGAUGGAGACCAGCGGCACUGGAAUUGGUCGACUUGACUGCUACGAGGAUAUGUUCAAGGAAAUCACAAGGAAACUUUACGGCGAGGAUCCUGAUCACAGAACGUCGAGCGUGCAGAACGAGUUCGAGACGUCGGUGUCGUACAAGAACGACGAGGACACGGGCAAUGGUACGGACGGUAGCGAUGACGGCAACUGGACCUUAGACGACGAGCCGCUCAAGGGCACCGAAGGCAGUCGUAUCGCUGCCUAUCGAGCGGCUACUUCCACCUGGCGAUGCUACGAGUGCGGCGAUUGUAUGAGCAGUGGUCCUCGAGAGGUAGCCGAGCACUUCGUUGAGUUGCACUCGUCGCGCGUUGGCGGCGAAGAGAGUAGUCGUGGCCGGCUGCAUUCCAGCCGUAAGGAUUACCUCGGCGCGGGGGAGCUGAAGCUCGAGGAGGUCGUCUCGUAUCUGGAAAGAGUAAGGGACCGUGCAGAGCGGUCGGCCCCACCCACUCGACGCACCCAAGAGACCCAAACUAUCCCAGCCGCUCUAUUGCCCGUCACUUCUACUUUUUUGCUGCAGGAGUUACCGUCAACGCCACCCCAGCACUUGCAUCAGAGUUCAGCCGCGAUGCCAGGGAACCUCGGCGCAUCGACGAAUGCCGCCGGAGGUGGUGCUGGAGGAGCCAACAGUGCUAGCGGCAAAAGAUACACGUGCCUCUAUUGUCCCUACGGCACGGACAGACGAGACCUCUACACCCGUCACGAGAACAUUCACCGCGAAGAGAAGCCUUUUCAUUGCUACGUGUGCUAUAAGCCCUUUAGCCGAGCCGAUCACGUGAAGAAACAUUUUUUGCGGAUGCACAGGGAGCACACGUACGAGCUAUCUCGAAUACGACGACCCGUGGGAUCGAUUUCUUCUGCAGCUAAGGUGUCCGCGAGUCUCCAAUCGACAGAGCCCAACGGUAGCAACGCCGGCAACAAUAAUAACGUCGGCCCUUACCCCACCGGAUCCCUAUACUCUAACGCGAAGCAACAGCAGCAGCAUCAGCAACAUCAGCAACAAUCCGAUAUCGCGGCGACGUCGAGUUAUCAAUUGCAGGCCCCGACUACGUCGGCGGCUCUCUACCAAGCUGCUUCACUAUCCUCGGCUGUAGUCGCGGCGGCAGCGGCGGCCGCCAACGUCGGUGGUAUGAUGCAGCAGCCGGAAGCCAACUGCGGGGCCGCGGCACCCGUCACCGCCGUCCACAGUGCCGUUCACAACGCAGUGCACAACGCCGUAGCGCAGGCUGCCCGCAGAAUACAGAAUGGCGCGUGCAGCGGCAAAAGCAGCCACUUCAAGAGUGGCAGCGCUGGCUCAUCCAAGGCUAACCAAGAGCGCAGGUACACGUGCUGUUACUGCUCGUGGAGUGGCGUUGACAACUGGUGUUUGAAAAGACAUCUCAACACGCAUCUAAAGCCGUUCGCGUGCGCAUUGUGUGAAUAUAAGGCGGCGCGAGCCGAGCGACUCGCUACCCACGUUCUCAAGGUUCAUAAUCGUCGGCAGUGCUCGCGCUGCUCCUUUUUAGCUGAAGAUCUCGCGCAGCUGCAAGUGCAUCAGCUCCAUGUACAUCGGGUAAGCAAUGCAAACGCUGCCGCCGCCGCCGCCGCCGCCGCAGCCGCUACGGCCCACCAACAAGGGUCCGCUGUUCAGCAACAACAACAACAGCAGCACCAACAGCAAUCGCAAACCCAAAACAACGGCGAACGACAGCAACCACAGUCGAUGCAUCCUGUGGGCGGCGGAAGACCACCGCCCGGACCUCCGGUUUUCCCAGCUUCAUCAGCAGCAAUAGCACCCGCAACAACGGUUAUACCGCCGACAACGAUUCUCGGCGAUCGCAGCGAAAUUGCCUCGAUGCCGGGAAACGCAUGCUGGGAACAGGAAUCCUCCUCCUGCGAGAGUCGGUUUCUCCAGUGCAGCGAGCGUCGCUCUAGAAAGCAGCGGAUGCCACGAAAAAUCACGACGAUGCUCGACAGCAGCAGCAGCAGACCGAUAGUCAGUCCGCAGAAUGGCCCGGCUAAAACACAGGAUGAUUCGAAGACUCGGGCACCCGCCAAACGACCGCUGCUUAGGUGUUUCCUUUGUCCUGACGAUGCACCAGCUCGAGCCUUACGUACUCGACCUUAUCAUAAUUCACGGUCCAUGUUACUGCAUAAGCUUUGGCGGCAUAAGAAGACGACACUAAACUGGAAGAGUAAGAAGAUUUUAGCUGCUGGGGCUUCGAUUACUUUGAAGGCGACUCUUUACACUCAACACGCCCUCGAAUACCAAAGAUAGCACAAGCUGGGGCUCGUUAAUGGCUCAAUGCUUUUUCCUCUCAACCAAAGUACGUUCGGCCUCAUAUGCAUCAACAUAUAAAUAAUGUGCUGAAUUAACGAAUGUUUUUUCUUCCUCAAUUGUUAAAUUUACAGUUUAAGCUUUUCCGUUCGACUGUUACAUCUAUCUUGUCAAGGGAAAUUCAAUACAACGUAAUCGGCGCGUGAAAUAUUCUACUAAUGUCCGUUUGAUUAAAUUUACAUGUGAUGAAAGAACAACAUAAAAUGAAAGACAAAUUUUAUUUAUUGUCGC